GCACCUAUAUUAACUACGAAGACAAAAAUUGCUGAUUGUUUGCAAGAGGGAUUUGUCAGAGUUGCAGUAGCUACAGAUGAUGAAAUGCUUCUUGAGGAAACUUUGUCACCAUUUUCUUCACCAAAAGAGCAGAAAAGAUCAGAUGAAGCUACACUGUUGAAAGAUCUUAAUGAAAUUCCACAUUGCUAUCUGGAAUCUGGUAAAAUAUCUCUACCAGCUGAAACCCCAGAUAUAAAUAUGUGCAGAGAAAAACUUCAGAAAGAAAAAAGUGAAAUAAAUAAGGAAGAUAUUUUCUUAAACAUGAAUAAGAUUGGAGAUACAGAGGAAGAUUUUGAACUGAAAGCAUUAUUGGAUAGUCCACUCAUCAUAAACAAAUGUAACAUAGAUGAUGACAAUUUGCAGAUAAAAUCAAUACUUCAUACAUUACCUAAGCUUCAGGUUCAUGAAAGUGAUACAAAUGGGUUCCUUAAACCAGCUGAGAUUGAUUUAAUCAAAGAAAGAAUAUGGCAGAAAGAGAAAUACUUCAGUGAUAUUUUAUCUAUGAGAAUUACAGAACCAGAAAUCCAAGUUCCUAUAGUUUCCUACAUGUCUCUUCAAACAGUCAUUCAACAGCAAAAAUUAGUGAAGGAGGAUCAUAUUGGUGAAACUGAACUGUCACUUAGCUGGGAUCCAGUUGGAAAUAGUGCUUGCAACAUUGAGAAAACCUUGAGCACCACAGAGAAAAUUGAUCUAACAGUGAAAGAAAAUAUUUAUUCUGAAGUUUUUCAAAUUAAAUUUGAGAAAUUUCAGUACUCUGAUAUGCAUUGUGUGAAUGAUGAUGUUAUUGAAGUGUCCAAUACCAACAACAUAUCAGAUAUGAAAAAUGAUGAAGAAGUUGAAUCAGAAUCAAUAGUAAAUCAGCCAAUGAUGGUUUCUUCCUUUGAAACUGUGAAAGAAGUAACCCAAGAUGUAGUCUCUGCAAAUGAAGAAGACUUUGGUUUCAGUCAAAUUGAUGAUUUCUUUACUUUACGUAUUGGAGCAAAGCCACAGCAACAGAAAAAAUCAAUCACCAGUAGGUUGACAGCAGAUGCUGUGAAACCCAACCCUGAAAGUGGUUGUGUGGAUAGGAAAAGACCAGUAGAUAACAACAAGAUAUGGUCUGAUAUUAUAACUGUUCAACUGGGAGGUAUAUCUCAAAUUGUUGCUUUCUGGUGAAUUUGAAAAUAUUGUAAGUGCUAUUGAUGAAAAGAUCUGUUACCUACUAUCAUCUUUGAAGACUGCUGGUGAUCAUUUACAGAACCAAGAUUCAUCAUCCUUAAA